UUCAUUGGGGACUCUGGUGAAUACAUACAAGCUCAGAUUUCUGACCUAUUUUGAUUUGCCUGCCAAUAUGAUUUCUGUUAUACUCACAGUCAUCAUUCAAACAGUUUUAGAAACUUCAGAGUGUUUUCUAUCCAUUACGAAUAAUAAUAUGCAAAUAAUAGCAACUAUGACUGAGGAGCAGGCCGUUUGAUAUGGGCACCUUUUCAUCCAAGCUACUCAAUACUGCCCCUGCAGCCAUAAAAAGUUGACCACGUGGUAUGGUUAAAAGAUUCAGCAUUGGUCUGCAACCUUUGUACUCCCGUGAUUGAGAGAAACAUGAACUACUUGAGAAGUUUUAUUCGGAAUUGCAGAAAAGGGGCUGUCCCAGGAUGCCUGACCCUAACUGGGCACAGGGGAGGUCCUCUGAUUUAGUUAAACUCAAAAGGUAAUUGGAGUUUCCUUCAUUAAACAGUCCAAAAUCACAUUACACAAUUUUACAAACAGUAUCAUACUCAUUCAUCUUAUACAACAAUUAGAUGUAAACCUCAUAUCUGAGGCUAUUAUAUAAACAGUGUUAUGGUAAUGUGGCCACACCAUCUCCCAUGAGCUUCCCCAAGUUGUAACAAACGGACCAGUUCGUAGCUGGAUUCUUCACCGAUCUUUUAUACUUUCUCCGGAACAUGAAAUUUGUUCGGACCUCAACUUCUGUGAGGUGGAAGAAAUUCCUUUGUUCUCUAUGAAAAUUCACUCUGUCUCUUAUACUGUGUGGCCACGAGGCAGGGUCUUCUCCUCAGGAAUUUACGACCUCUCUCUGACCACAGCAGCCUAGUUGAAGGAAGCAAGGGGGAGGCAGGGAGAGGGUUAUGGGGCUUGCUGUACCCAAAGAGGGCAACGUCAUGACAAUGUUCAGUAGAUCAGAGGCCCCCAAAAAAUCUCUCUCUAAUGUUUUUGUUUUCAUUUUCACCAAUCACCUUUGUAAUCUAAGCAUGCAAGGACUGAACUGAUAGUUUGAAUUCUCCUGUGGUUUUAUUGUCUGGGCCUGCUCUGCAGGGAUGUAAUGUUUUUGCUGAUCAGAAUUCUGGACAGCAAAAGACAUGAUUCUACUUCAAAGGCACUAAAAAGGCCCUUACUGUUGUCUUUGAUGUUAUUGUUGGACAACAAUGCAAGGGUGAGGAUAUCAGAGCUAGACUUAUACUGAUGUUUGCUUGUUUGUUGAAUUAUUGUACAAGUUAUUAAAAAAGAUUCUGAACAUGAUGUUUUUUACCCUCUGUCUAUGAUUGGCAAUGAAAAGAAACUCACCAUGCCAGGCCUGAUCAACAAGGGGAGUCAGAAUGCUCUGCCUCUCAGUGUCUGCGAGAUCACUUCCUGUGUCAGAGGUUACACCCUGGCCCUGACAGCAUCCAUGACCUACAAUAACUUUGAGGACAAUCCAAUUGAGGGAGUCUUCAUUUACCCACUGGAAGAAUGCUCUACCGUGGUGGGAUUUGAAGCUAUGAUCUCCAACCAGAUAAUAACCGUGCAAAUCAAAGACAAGUCCAAGAUUGAUGACUGUUACUUUGAUUGCUGCACUACAACUAAUGGUGCCCUUCAGAGUGGCAGUGGACAUAUUGUGCUGGAUGAGGACUUGGAGAGGACAGUGUUGGUGGUGAACCUGGGGGUCAUCCCCCCUCUGGAGACGGUCAACGUGUUGGUCAGCACAUCCUCUGAGCUGCCCACCCUUCCCAACGGGGGUAUCCGGGUCACCUCACCCAGCGUGUGCACCCCCAGGGUCCAGAGAACCAUCAACGAGGAGCAGGGACUCUCCCCAAACUUCCACAACAGAGCGAGGGGCAGCAGGCAUAAUUGUGCACUGGAUCCAAAUGAGCAGACUCCUAUCACCCCCCAGCUGUACAUGGCCCAGCUGCUGGAGGAAGAGGCCAUCAACUCUAUUGACUAUGAGUUUAGCUUCCAGCUGGAGAUCAGAGCCCCGUAUCUCCUUGCAGGUGUGGAAAGCCCCUCUCAUGCCAUCCGGGCCGACGCAGACCCCCUGGCCCGCUCAGCCACCAGCGUCGUCAUCACACUCGCUGACAAGUACACCUACGACUGCCCUGUGGAGAUCAUCAUCUACCCCAGUGAUCCUCAUCUGCCUCUUGUGCUGAUUGAGGAUGGAGACAUGACACUGGAGGAGUACGAUGAACACCUCACAGGGAAGAGUGACUACAUGAAGGCCAUCAAGAAGGACUCCAGUAAUGAAAAGAAAGUGGAUAUCAUUCGUAAGCGUCUCCACAAGGACAUCCUCCACAACCCUGCGGUUAUGCUCAACUUCUGCCCAGACCUCAAGUCCAUGACCUCUGACCUGAGGAAGGUGCAUGGAGAGUUCAUCUUCCUCAUCGACCGCAGUGGGAGCAUGAGUGGGGUCAACAUCAGCUGUGUCAAGGAUGCCAUGGUGGUGAUCCUGAAGAGCAUUGUGCCUGCCAGUCUCUUCAACAUCAUCGGCUUUGGCUCCACAUUCAAAACACUGUUUUCUACCAGUCAGAGCUAUGAUGAGGAAACAGUAACCAUGGCUUGUGAGUACAUCAGGAAGAUCCGAGCUGACAUGGGCGGCACCAACAUCCUGGCACCACUUAACUGGAUCCUGAGGCAACCCAUGCACGUGGGUCAUCCACGCAUGCUCUUCCUGAUCACAGAUGGGGCCGUCAGCAACACAGGGAAGGUCAUCGAGCUGGUCCGCAGCCAUGCCCGCUACACCAGGUGCUACACUUUCGGAAUCGGUCAGAGUGCUUGCAGGAGACUGGUGACUGGACUGGCUACUGUUUCCAAAGGAACGGCAGAGUUCUUGGCAGAAGGGGAGAGACUGCAGCCCAAGAUGAUCAAGUCUCUGAAGAAGACCAUGGCCCCAGUGCUGAGUGACAUUGCCAUCGACUGGUUGUUCCCUGAGACCAAGGAAGUGUUGCUCUCCCCUGUAGGCUCCACCUUCCUGUUCCCUGGGGACCGUCUGAUUGGCUACAGUGUUGUCUGUGACACCACACGCUACCAUCCCAACCCCAAGUCUGAUAAGAGGAAGCGCUACAGUAUGAUGCGUUCCAAUGACUCAGCCAGCUCCGUGUUCUACCACUCCCAAGAGGAGGACCCAGGGACGACUACAGGCUUCUCUGACUGUCAGGGAACCCACAGGGACAUACACUCCAGCCCUCUGUUUGACUCCUACCAAGACUCCAUGUCAGAGAGCAGCCCUGGCCCCACAAAGCAGAACGACAUGGGAAUGGACAGUAAAACAUCACCUAGAAGACGUGGGUAUAGCACCAACCAGAUAGUGGACUACAACCCCAACAUGAAGAAGACCUACACUCCCAGUGACCCCAGCUCUGUAGAGGGGAAGCACCCGCUGAGGAGAGCUAAGGUCCAGGAGCUGAAUGGACAGACCAGCCCCGACUAUGGAGCACAGUGGAAGACUGAAUGCCAGCCACAGCUGGUGAGCUUGUGUGCCACAUCUGCCACGGCCAUCAGGGAGUGCCCUACCAAUGGGGCUUCUCACAGGUCUUCCCCCCAGCAGGAGGGGGCUCCCCAGGAGGCGGCGCCAGAGCAGGCCCACUCCCCCGGCUGCAAGCUGCAGGCCAGAGCCACCAGGAGCUGGGCUUAUACAGAGCACGCCUUAGGAGGAGCCAGGAGCACCGUUGGGGAGGACGGCUCGUCCUCCACUGACCCCUCUGUCAGCAGCUUCGGAGACGCAGACUGCUACUCUAAUCAGCUGUGUGAGAUCAUAACCCCCCAGGAGUCUGCAGCCACCCCAGACCUGAUCUCAGCCCCUCAGGACAGGGACUUGGGGAAGGGGUUCUGUAAGGUUGUGGUGUCUGGCCUGCUCUGUGGGAAGCCAGUCAAGUGGGAGGUGACCUUUGACAUAGAGCCCUACCUGAAGGGCAGAGAGCGGGAAGAGAAGGUUCACGAGGAACUCUGGAAUGAAACGUUCCAUCACCUGGCUGGACGUUCCAUUAUUCAGGACUUUGAGCACAUGGUAGAUCAGGAGUGUGAGAUUGAGCAUGGUUCUGGCAGAAGAUACCGGUUAUAUGCCAUUCACACCAGCAAGGCCUGUAACAUUCUCAGCAAAUACACUGCCUUUGUGCCCGUUGAUCUGGACACUAAUGAAUAUCUACAGACCUAUAUCGACUACGUCAACCCAGGUAAAGGUCGGAAAAAGGGCUCUCACUCUGGGAACAGGAAGAACCGGGGUUACUCCAUCGGACUGGGACGCUCCCAGUCUGGCUGCAUGUCAGAGGAGGCUGAGGUCGGACACCUGCCCACCAGUUUGGAAGAUGGGGCCUCUCCAUGUAGCACCCCCUCAUCCUCUACCUGGGAAAGAUGCAGCUUUACAGAUGCCUCUCAGAGGAGCCCGUCAGUGACCUCAGACCAGAAGUCGGUGGAGAGCCUCUUCUCAGCCAAGCUGACUCUCAACCGGACAAGACUCCUGACCCGGGCCGCCAGGGGCUUCAUGUUUCGCUCACACAGCAAAACCAGUGACUCUGUGGGGGAGAGUGAGAACGAGAACAAAGACUACAUUCCUCUGGUGUCCUUACAGUUGGCAUGUGGUGCGUUCUGCCUGGACAUCGCUCUGUGUGAGGCCAUCAACGUGUCCAUGGACAAGCUGAAGUGGACGUCUCCCUUCACCAGCCACCGGGUCAGUCUGGGUCACCACGUCUCCCACUCAGCCAGCCGCCGCUCAAACAGCAGCGCUGCAGACAACAGCCACAGGUCCACCUCUCCAUCUCCGUUUGAGAGCUCAGCUAAGGAGACAGAAACCAGCCUGGCAGGCCACCACCAGCACAAGCAUGGAGACCUGGUUGUCAGCAGCCACAGACAAGGGGGGCACAGCCCCUCUCACCUGGCCAGGAGUCCACGGACUGAGGGUUGGCCUGGAUCUUCUCCUUCCUUCCUAGGUGGCCUCUCCACCCCUACCUCCUCCACCUACGCUGAGCACCCUCUUUCCCCUCACUCCAAGACAGACAGCGGAAGGGACUCGGAGUCGGAGAGCGUGGAAACCCCCCCAGCAGCGCCUCCUGGUGGCCCGGGGUCCAGGAAGAGGCUGAAUACGGAGGGCAUGGUGUGGGCCACGGCUGUAGCCCUGGCCUGGCUGGAGCACAGCUCAGCCAGCUACUUCAUAGAGUGGGAGCUGAUAGCAGCUAAGGCUAGCAUGUGGCUCAGUGCCCAGACCAUCCCUGAAGGAAAGGACUUAGCCUCAGUCAAGUCUGCUGCCAACCAGUUCUUUAUCAUCCUCAGACACUGGGACGAGAACCUGCAGCUCAACAUGCUCUGCUACAACCCUAACAGUGUCUGAGGCUGAUUGCAUCGCAUGCCCCGUCCUCUAUCCGGACAUAUCCAACCAUGCUAUGCUAACUGACUAACGCUUUAUUUACUAUUUAUUUUUUGCCAUUUUGAGUAUUGCCGAAUUUGUUAGUGCAGCUAUUGUGAGCAUUGUGUCGUAGAAUUGAUUCUGUUUUAUGAUAACUUCUAAACCUGUCAGAAGCUUCCCAGAGGCACAAACUUGCUUGUUGUCUCCCUUUGGGUGGAUACAUUCACCAGCUAUGGGUCUGAUUAAACAUGAUUCUAUUCACAUGGUGAAGGAAAUCAGAAGUGUAAGAGUAAACGUACAUAUUCUAAAAAAUGGAAGUUUAUGAAAAUAUAUGUAUUGUUUUAUUUAUGUUGAAUAUUUCCAUCAUAUUGAUGUCCAAUGAUGAGAGAAUAUGCCAAAACAAUUCCCAUGAGACUUUUACAAUUAUUUAUAUUGCAUCUAAUGUGUUUGAUCGUCACAAUCAUUUCAUAAUCAAUAUUGUGAUAUAUGAAAAUUUGCCUAGUCCCAGAUCUGUUUGUGUCUUGCCAACUAUGGCCAAUUGCUCUUCUCAUGUUUGAUGUCUUCGUAUUGGUUCAGAAACCGUCCUUUUAUCGCUGUUUAUUUUGUAUUUAUCAGCCAUAAGUGCCUAACAAUGAUUAAACACAAACAAAGAUUGGUUAUCAGAAAUACGUAUUUAGAUGUUUCUCCGUUGUUAUUGUUUGAUAUCAAAUGUGUUUCCAUAUAAAAAAUGCUCAGCGUGUUUUCUUUUGUAGAUAUUCUGAAUAAUGUGAUGUGAAACUUUCAAGUUGGAUGAAAGAAAUUAGUUUUUCUGUCCUUUGUCCUUUCCUUUGUCCUUUCCUUUCCUUUGUCAUUUCCUUUCCUUUGUCCUUUCAUUUCCUUUGUCAUUUCCUUUCCUUUGUCCUUUCCUUUGUCCUUUCAUUUCCUUUGUCAUUUCCUUCCUUUGUCCUUUUCUUUUUCUUUUCCUUUGUCCUUUCCUUUGUCCUUUCCUUUCCUUUGUCCUUUCCUUUUCUUUGUCCUUUCCUUUGUCCUUUCCUUUUCUUUGUCCUUUCCUUUCCUUUGUCCUUUCCUUUCCUUUGUCCUUUCAUUUCCUUUGUAAUUUCCUUUCCUUUGCCCUUUUCUUUGUCCUUUCCUUUCUUUUGUCAUUUCCUUUGUCCUUUCAUUUCCUUUGUCAUUUCCUUUCCUUUGUCCUUUUCUUUGUCCUUUCCUUUUCUUUGUCCUUUCCUUUCCUUUGUCCUUUCCUUUCCUUUGUCAUUUUCUUUCCUUUGUCCUUGCCUUUGUCCUUUCCUUUCCUUUGUCCUUUCCUUUGUCCUUUCCUUUCCUUUGUCCUUUCCUUUGUCCUUUGUCAUUUCCUUUCCUUUGUCCUUUUCUUUCCUUUGUCCUUUCCUUUGUCCUUUUCUUUCCUUUGUCCUUUCCAUUGUCCUUUCCUUUGUCCUCUCCUUUGUCCUUUCCUUUGUCCUUUUCUUUCCUUUGUCCUUUCCUUUCCUUUGUCCUUUUCUUUCCUUUGUCCUUUCCUUUUUCCUUUUACUUCCUUGGUCCUUUCCUUUCAUUUGUCUCUUUUGUAAGACAUUGUACUCUGCUCUCAUAUUUCCUCAAAAAGGUUGUUCAUUUUACUCAGGUAGUAUUAUUUUCCUAAGGCUUUGAAAUUUCAUCCAUCCUGCUGCAUGGAAAACCAAUGUUUGUGUUAUAAUAUGUAUCAACAGUGGGAGCAAAGCAAUUCCCCCACAGCCAACCUGUUCUGCUGCAUUUGGCCCAGGUCAGAAGUAGUGCACUAUAGAGAGUCAGGUGCCAUUUGGAACAUACCUCUAGAAAUAUUGUAAUUUAAUUGUGAUCUGUGUAAACUUAUAAUGAUUGUGGCGGCUGGUUUUACUUGUGUACAACUCGAUUGUUGCUGUGUGUUUUGAAAAUAUGAUUGUUGACUGUUUUGAGGCUGUUAAAAGCUUCCAUAGUCUCAGUUUGCUAAAUGUCAGUGGCAUGACUAUGCAACUGCAUGUAAUAAAAUAUUUCCCCUCAUGAA